AUGUCUCCUAGCUCCUUCCUCGUUUCGGCGUGUCCGAUCUCGUCGACGCCCAAGUCCGCCUCCCUUCCUUUGUCCCCAUCUCUUCUCUGGGCACUCAGAAGCAGCCAGCCUGCAUCCUCUAGAGACGAGGACUCAUCGCUGAAGUUGAUGCCGGAGUCGGAGAAGAGGCGAAGCAGUCCGCCGGAGAAGAGGACUUCCUCGUUUCGGCGUAGAAGAGGACCCAUCGCCGAAGUUGAUGCCGGAGUCGGAGAAGAGGCGAAGCAGUCCGCCGGAGAAGAGGCGAAGCAGUCCGCCGGAGAAGAGGACUUCCUCGUUUCGGCGUGUCCGAUCUCGUCAACGCCCUCGUCCGCCUCCCUUCCUCUGUCCCCAUCGCUUCUCUGGGCACUCAGAAGCAGCCCGCCUUCAUCCUCUAGAGAAGAGGACCCAUCGCCGAAGUUGAUGCCGGAGUCGGAGAAGAGGCAAAGCAGUCCGCCGGAGAAGAGGACUUCCUCGUUUUAG